UGUGUACAAUCUUAGUCUUAAUCGCCUGCAUUUUGGGUAGUCAAUCUAAAAAUUUCGCAUAUUUAGCUUUCUAUAAUAUUAUUAGUGGGUUUGCUGCUGCUCCAGUGGAUUCGUUAGUGGAAAUUUCUUCUACAGAUGUUUUCUUUCAACAUGAGAGAGCAUCAGCUAUUUCUUUAUUGAUCUUAGCCUUAUAUGCUGGUAGUUUCCUUGGACCAGUUGCUUGUGGGUAUAUUACAACAUCAAUGGGUUGGCAAUGGUGUUUCUAUUUCCAAAUUAUUUUCUUUGGCAUUUUAUUUGUUAUUUUAUUAUUUGGAAUGGAAGAUACCACUUUCCGUAGAGAUUAUAAUGAGGAAGUACUUGAAGGAAAAAUUCUUCAACAAAUAAAAUCAAGAGAUGCAGCUCCAGUUGAUAGUACAGAAAAAGGAAUGGUUACAGAAGUUGGAAUACAACAAGUUACAAGUAAAAUGCUGUCAGAAGAACUGGAAGACUCAUCAAUCGAUUAUUCUAUUCCAAAAAGAACUUAUUGGCAAAAGUUGAGAUUAAUUGAAUUGGAAUAUAAUGAUAAAAGAUCAUGGUUAACUAUUUUCAUUAGACCUUUCUACUUAUGUACGUUCCCUGCUGUUAUUUGGGGUGGUGUUAUAUAUGGUGCUCAAAUGAUGUAUUUAUCGUUACUUUUCACUUCUCAAGCCGAAAUAUUUGCUGCCUCACCUUAUUAUUUUGGAGCAAAUACAAUUGGUUUAACUAAUCUUGCAGUUUUUGUUGGAAAUAUUAUUGGUAUGAUAUACGGUGGUCCAUUUGUUGAUUGGUUAACUGUUAGAUUAGCAAAAAAGAAUAAUGGUGUUUUAGAACCAGAAUUCAGAUUGCAUGCCAUGCACGUUCCAACUAUAAUUAAUGCAGCUGGUUUGCUUGCUUAUGGUUUAGGUGCUUAUUAUCAAGCCAAUUGGGCUAUUCCAGCUAUAAUUGGUCAAGGAUUAUUAGGUAUAGCUAUGAGUGCUACUGGAGGUAUUUGUUUAUCUUAUACUGUAGAUUCAUAUCAUCAACUUGCUAGUGAAUCUCUUGUACUUAUGCUUUUCCUCAGAAAUUGUAUUGGUUUCGGAUUCACCUUUGGUUUUCAACCAUGGUUAGAUCAUAAUGGUUUAAAAGUUGUUACUUGGCUUAUCUUUAUGCUUUCAAUUAUUAUCAAUGGUAGUUAUAUUUUGAUGAUAAAAUACGGUAAAGCUUGUAGAAGAUGGACUAAGGAAAGGUACGAAAAGUAUUCUGAUCCAAACUAUGGUGCUAUUUCACUUUUCGGUAAAAAGUAAAUCAUUUUAGUCGUAUAAUUACAUUUAG